AUGGAACCUCUGGAGUGCGUCCGCGUAGAAGUCGAUGGUGUGCUGGGGCUCGUGCCCCACAGCUGGCCGCCAGGACCAGUCCGUGUGGCGGCGGUUUUGCCAAGCAGCGUUCUGGCAUCGAAGAUUGGUGUCGGUGACGAGCUUCUGAAGGUCAACGACACCAACGUCUGCGACUUGGAUCGCUCUGCGCUGGCGCGUGAGCUCAGCAGGAGGCCGCUGAGCCUGGAAAUCAAGCGAUUUUCGUCGCUGAAUCGGGAAUGCUCUUCUGAGACCAUCGAUGUUCAAGUGGGGGUCUCUGAUGGUGCCGUGGGCUUCUGCCCUCGAGAUUGGCACAGUAAGCCGAUGGUGGUGGGAGCUGUCCUUCCCAACCAAGCUGCAGCUGCAAAAGGCGUCAGAGAGGGCGACGUUCUUGUCCUGGUCGAUGGGCAGCAAGCAAGCGCCAUGACGGCUGCCGAGCUCGCUACAGCUCUGUCGCGAAGGCCAAUCUCAAUUCGCUUCCAGCGAAGCUUCGACGAGAAUGAGACGGCUCGUGGUGAUCCGUUCCUCGCCUCUCUCGACGACCCUCCGCCUGCAAGGACGGGCGCAUUCGCUGCGGCCGCGGAUGCGGAUGCACGCAAUGGACGCGAUGGGCGCGAGCUGCUGCUCCCAUCCGAGACCUCCGAGGUUGCCUCAGCCACGGCAAAGCAAAUUGUGGAGGACACCUCGGCGGCCUCGGCAGAGGCGGGGUUGCUGUCGGCGUCGCCUCGGAGGCCUCCGAAGCCCAGGCGCCCCGUGAAAGUUCGAUCGCAGCCAGAGCAGCCGCAGGGACAGGAGCAAAGACAGCUCGCGGAUGCUUCAACUCGGCGCCCUCCCCAGCCAGUGAAGCCUGCAACCAAGCCGGCAAAGUCUCAGGCACCGCGAGAGGCUCUUGAGGGUGGAACGCAGACUGAAGCUCCGCUGACGGCAGAAAAGGGCGUACAGCGGGAUAUUGAACCUCAAGAUCUUCAAGAGCUGCCGCAGCCGCUGUCUGCAGCGAAUGCUCAUGUGGUGCCUCUGGAGCAGGAGGAAGAGAAGGAGGAGGAGGAGGAGGAGGCACAAGCAUCUGGUCAAGGCGUCGACGAAACUGCUGCGGCUGCUGGUCCUGCUUCCAAUAAUCCCGAAGUAGCAGACCUGCCGGCCUUGCUUCGGCCGCCAAGCAUCCUCGAGCCUCAGCCCGACAUGCCACCGCUGCGCCCCAGGGAUCUGAGUCUGAGCCUUCGGCGCCAGUCGCCAGAGCCUUUCAAGUUCCGGGAGUUGCCUCCUCCCCCGAGGGCCCCGCCAGCUCUCUGGGCUGAGCCCAGAGAUCUCGGAGAGAUCGCCGUCGCCAACUCGCGAUCUCAACGGCCUUCGAUUCUCAAAGAGCUGCCGCCUCCGGACCGCCCGCCGCUUCCUGUCGAGGUGGCCUGGGCCCGAGAAGAGGAGCUGCAGCUUUGGCGCCACGUGCCCGAAGAUCUAAAGCCGGACUCCCCCGAGACGGCAGAGGAUUUGGAAGAGUGGCUCAGGUUAUCUUACCAGUAUCUGCCAGGCAGCACAACCAUCUUCUAG